AUGUCAAAUCCAGAUCCAGAACCAGAUCCUUCUUAUACCGUGUUUAUAAGAUUACCAUUUCCACGUGGUGAUUUUGUUGAUCCUCCAGAUGUGGAAUGGGAUGCAGCCAAGGACAAGGCUCUAUGGAAGAUACUGUCCAAAGCUUCGAAGAAUAGUGAUGUUGAUUGGGCUGCAUUAGCUACGAAAUUCGAAGUAACUCUUGCAUUCCUUCUCCAACAAGCAGCAUGGCUUUACGAACGACAACUCUCCCAGGUUCGCGCGCAGAUGAGGAAAGUGACGGUAUCGAAAGGUUCUUUAGCUCCGUCACCAGUUCCAGGCAGCACAUCGGAAACGACAGGUGGUGAAGGAAUGAAGAGGACAGGAUCUGGAGGCGGAGGUCCAAGAAUUCAAUCCUCUCUAUCUAACAGGAAAGAAACAUCUUUGUCGAAGACUGAUGGAAGCGUACCAGAUACACCAAACCGCGCAAUGGCUCCGCGAGUCUCUCGGACCUCAUCUCGAGAUACAACGAUCCAAUCCCGAACAUUUUCACCAACAAGUCCCCGGCCCAGUCAUGCAACCAUAGAACGACGAGCCCUCUCUCCAAAACCACGAUCACGACCUGCUUCAAUGGCGAUCGACCAUCCAACUAGAAACUCUCCACAACAGGCACAACUUUCCUCUCCAGAGGACUCUUCUGACGACGAUGCUUUUCAAUUUCAGUCCAGGCUUCUUUACCGACGCUUUCCUUCAAGCAAGAAGAAAACCCAAGGCCCCUCUUCAGAUGAUGACGAACCCGCCUUUCUCCGUACCUCUCACGAUCCAUCUGCCACCCUUCGUGGCGACCCCCGCAACAUCUCACGACGAACACCAGUUCUUACCAAAAAACCAAUCCCAAUUGAAUCACAAACUUCCGAUUCUUCCACAAGCUCUACUGCUCAAAUCGUUAACAAAAGGCACGAUGCUGUAAGCGGAGGAGGAAGACGACCACCAAGUGGACCAUUGAGCCCGCGCCGAACAGCAGAGUUACAAAGUGAGAGAAGUGACGGAGGAACUCCAAGUAUGGGUAGUAGCUUCAGUGAUUUGGAUGACGCAUCCGUAACACAAAGCGCACUAGAAGAGGCGCUUGCGAGCAACAUGCAGGCAGGCGGUAUGGCUAGUAGAAUGAGUACCAUCAGCCAAGCUUUGAGGAGUCGAUACCUAUAA